GCUACGGCAACAAAGUGUGUUUUUCUGCUUUUCUAUUAAUAUUAUUACUUUUGUUCUCUUCGAUUGCUUCGGGUUGUCACCAUCGGAUUUGCCUUCUUGAAUUGGCUACAGUAAAGAACAGUACUACCUACUACCGGUGUGUGAUCGAGGCUCAUCUCCUUUGCUUCUGGCACAGAAUCAGUUGGUUUUCUUUGCACGUCUUCUUUCUAUAUAUAUUUCUCUCAUCUCUCCCAAGGACGUCAAGAAGAACAUGGCCGAACUAAUUUUGGGUUUAGUGCUUGGCCAAGUGGCCUCAAUGGCGCUCCCUGUGCUCGCCAACGGCCUCCUUUCCGUCAAGCGCCCGCCUCGGGUCAACAUCAACAACGAGCGACAGAAGGUGACGACUUGCCGGCCCGUAAUCCCCUAUUGCGCACCGGUGCCGUACACAGGUGGUCGCGUACGUGCGCUCUUUAUCGGCAUCAACUACACCGGCACCGGCAACGCACUGCGUGGCUGCGUCAACGAUGUCCGCUCGAUGCUCGGCACGUUGCAGCAGAUUCAGUUUCCGAUCAGCGAGUGCUGCAUCCUUGUGGAUGAUACGAGCUUCCCAAACUUCACCGCGCUUCCUACGCGUGAGAACAUUAUUAAGUACAUGCUGUGGCUAACGCACGACCUUCGCCCUGGGGACGUGCUUUUCCUCCACUACUCGGGUCACGGUGGUCAGACGAAGUCGACGCACGACUCGCAGGAGGAGUACGACCAAACGAUGAUCCCUCUCGAUCACCAGCAGAACGGCAGCAUCCUCGACGAUGACUUAUUUCUCAUGCUGGUGGCGCCGCUGCCACCGGGGGUGCGCAUGACGUGCGUCUUUGACUGCUGUCACUCCGCAACGAUGCUGGACCUUCCCUUCAGCUACAUCGCCCCUCGCCACAGCGGCACACGGGAGCAGAUGAUGCAGGUGCGCCGCGACAACUUCUCCAACGGUGAUGUGAUUAUGUUUAGCGGAUGCACCGACGAAGGCACCAGCGCGGACGUGCACGGCGGCGGUGGCACGGCGAACGGCGCGGCCACCCUCGCCUUCACCUGGUCCCUACUCCACACACAGGGCUUCAACUACCUGAACAUCCUGCUCAAGACGCGGGAGGAGCUGCGUAAGAAAGGUCGCGAGCAGGUACCGCAGCUCACCAGCUCGAAACCGAUCGACCUGUACAAGCCUUUUUCACUCUUUGGGAUGCUCACGGUGAACCAGACGAUGAUGUCGCAGUGCGUACCGCAGCAGUACCAGCGGCGGCCGCCGAACAUGCCGCCGCCACAAGGCGGGUACCCAGCCUACAUGGCCCCGCCCCCGCAAGGCUACCAGCAGCGGGGUGGUCCUGGUGACAACAAGAACUACAAUAAUGGCAGCAACAUGGUGCAGGGGGUUCCGAUGGAAAGGGUGCCGCACGCGACGUACAGCUCGCAACCGCAGUGCGGUGGGUAUCCGCAGUAUCCCCCCCCGCCGAACAGGCCGGGGCAGUACUACUCGUGUCCGCCGGGUCCGCCGCGUGGACCGCCGGGGCCGCAGUACAGCAGCCUGCCACCGUCGCAGUACUCGUACAACCCGAACCCACCUUCUUUGUGA